UAGCACGUGCAACAAAAAAAUUCGUAAACAGUUGCAGAAUUUUUUAAUUUUUGUUUUAAAUAAUGGCUGACGAUGCUGGCCAAGACAAGCGCAAGCAGCACCGUGCCCGCCAGUCCGGCGUUAAGGCGGACAAAAAGAAAGAGAAGGCCAAGAAGGACUCAAACCAAAAGGAGCCCGAAUUGACAGCGCGCCAACGAAAUCCAAAAGCAUUUGCCAUCAAUUCAGCGCAACGUGCGGAACGAAAUUUCCGGCGUAAAGAGGAUUUAACAGCCAAGAAACAACAUAUACCCGUGGUGGAUCAGACGCCAGAUGUACCGCCGCCGGUGCUCAUUGCGAUUGUGGGUCCACCCAAGGUGGGCAAGACGACACUGAUCAAGGAUCUGAUCAAGAGUUUUACGCGGACCAAUGUGACGGAUAUCAAGGGUCCCAUUACCAUAGUGACCUCGAAGAAGCGUCGCAUCACGCUGCUGGAGUGCAACAAUGAUAUCAACUCAAUGAUUGAUGUGGCCAAAUGUGCGGAUUUGGUUUUAUUGCUCUGUGAUGCGAGUUACGGUUUUGAGAUGGAGAUCUUUGAGUUCCUCAACAUUUGCCAGGUGCACGGUAUGCCCAAGAUAAUGGGUGUGCUGACGCAUCUGGACAUGAUCAAGAAUCCCAAGCAGCUGCGCAAACGCAAGAAGGAAUUGAAGCAUCGCUUCUGGACGGAAGUCUACGAUGGCGCCAAGCUCUUCUAUUUAUCAGGACUGCUGCAUGGCGAGUACCUGCGCAAUGAGGUCAAGAAUCUGGGACGUUUUAUAUCCGUCAUGAAGUUCCGUCCGCUGCAGUGGCGCGGAGCACACAGUUAUCUCCUGGUGGAUCGCUUGGAGGAUGUGACCAACACGGACACUGUGCGUCGCAAUCCCAAGUGCGAUCGCGAGGUGGUGCUCUAUGGCUAUGUGCGUGGUGUGCCGCUCAAGCAAGAGCAUAUGGUGCACAUUGCCGGAUUGGGCGAUGCCCGCAUCGAUGAGUUGAGCGUCAUUCCCGAUCCGUGUCCAUUGCCCGGCACGGAGAAGAAACGCAGUCUGCUGGAAAAGGAGCGUCUACUCUAUGCACCCAUGUCCGGAGUGGGUGGCAUUGUCUACGACAAGGAUGCGGUCUACAUUGAGCUCCAAGGUUCACAUUCGCACAAGGAGAAGACGGCGGAGGCGACGGAACAGGAGGCGCUGGUCAGCAAACUGAUUGACAAGAAGGCCACCAUGGAUGAGCAAAUGGAGGAGCAGGAAUUUCGACUCUUCUCCGAUGCUGCGCCCAUUAAAUCCAAGGAUUUCAAAGACGACGCAGAGGCGUACGACCCGGAGGAAGACAGUGCCGAUGAUUCUGGCAUGGAUGCAGCUUCCAGUGAUGAGGAGAAUGCUGAUGAGUUUGCAGCCGAUGAUUGGCGUGGUGAGAACAGCGAGGAUGAGGAGCAGGCGGAGCAGGACAGUGAGGAUGCAUCCUCAGGGGAUGAGGAGUAUCAAAGUCUGGCAGAGACGGCAGCAAAGAACAGCGAGGAAUCCGAUGGGGAAGAUGAGGAGGAGGAGCAGGAGGAGGAGGCACGCAUUCUGGCCAGCAAUAUGAGCUGGAAAACAAAUCUGGCGCAAAAGGCACGUGAUGCAUUCCUGCAACGUCAUUCCGAGUCCCGGAAUCUAAUGCGUCUUGUUUACGGCGACUACAAUCAAAGUGAGCGCACACAGCAGGAGGGGAAGGAUCAGGAGCAGGCCGAUGACUCGGAUGAGGAGCUGGGUGGACUGUUCCGUGUGGCGGCCAAGAAACAAACCGAUUUGCAAAAGGACAAAGACAUACGGGACAAGGAUGAGCGCUGUUUCUUCGAGUAUCAAGGCGAUACCUCCCGGGAUUGGCUGUUGGAUGCCAACAAGGCGCUGAUCAAGAACUGCUUUGUCACUGGCAAAUGGAAGGCCUCAGAGGAUGCAGAAAACUUGCUCAAGCUGGACGACAUGAGUGAUGCGGAUAGCGAGGUUUAUGGUGACUUUGAGGAUCUGGAAACGGGUGAACAGCACAGCGGCAAACCCAAGGAAGAGCAGCAGGAGGAAGAAACAGUUGCUUCCGACACAAAUAAAAGGAAAAUGACGCGCGUGGAAGAGGAGAAUCUAACCAAAACUGAGUUAAUGGCCAAGAAGCUAAAGCUAAAGGCCAAAUUCGAUGCGGAAUACGAUAAUCAUGGCGAGAAGGGAGCUGAGGAGGAUGGCGGACGCAUUACAGGCGAUCAUUCCUUCUACGAGGACCUCAAGGCGGAGGCCCAAAAGCAGAGCGAACUCAACAAAAGUGAAUUUGCCCACUUGGACAACGAGUUGCGCAUCCAGAUCGAAGGCUAUCGUGCCGGACUCUAUGUCCGCUUGGGAUUCAAGACGUUGCCCGCGGAGUUUGUGGAGAAUUUCGAUGCCAGCUAUCCGGUUUUGGUGGGCGCACUCAACAUGACCGAGGAGAAUGUGGGCUAUGUCAACUGCAAGGUGAAGAAGCAUCGUUGGUACAAGAAGAUACUCAAAACUGGCGAUCCUCUGAUCGUUUCCAUGGGUUGGCGUCGUUUCCAAACGGUUGCCAUUUAUGCCAAGGUGGAGGACAACUUGCGACAUCGCUAUCUCAAGUAUACGCCCAAUCAUGUCACCUGCAGCAUGACCUUUUGGGGUCCAAUAACGCCACAGAAUACGGGAUUCUUGGCACUGCAAACGGUGCGUCAGGAUCAGGAGGAAAUGAAGCGUUUAGGAUUUCGGAUUGCAGCAACGGGUUGCGUCACCGAACUGGACAAAUCCUCGCAGAUCAUGAAGAAGCUCAAACUGGUGGGACAUCCAUUUAAGAUCUACAAGAACACGGCGUUCAUUAAGAACAUGUUCCACUCCUCGCUGGAGGUGGCCAAAUUUGAGGGAGCCAAGAUUAAAACCGUAUCGGGAAUCCGUGGACAAAUUAAGAAGGCACAUCAUACGCCUGAAGGUUCCUAUCGUGCCACCUUCGAGGAUAAGAUACUGUUGAGUGACAUUGUCUUCUGUCGCACCUGGUUCCGUGUGGAGGUGCCACGAUUCUAUGCGCCGAUCACCUCGCUGCUGCUGCCCCCGGAUCAGAAGAGUCAGUGGCAGGGCAUGAAGACACUUGGCCAGCUGAAGCGAGAGCGUGCUCUCCAGAAUGCGGCACAACCCGACAGCAUGUACACGGAGAUUGUGCGGAAACCAAAGAUCUUCCGUCCCCUGGUCAUACCCAAGGCACUGCAACGUGCCUUACCCUACAAGGAUAAGCCCAAGCUGGGUCCAGAGAAUCCCCGUGAGGCGCUGGAACGUGUGGCCGUUGUCAAUUCCCCCUACGAGCAGAAGGUCUCCAAAAUGAUGAAGAUGAUCGAGACGAACUACAAGGACAAACGCAAUCGGGAUCGCAACGAGACCAAGCAGCGAUUGAAGAAGUUCCGUGCCCAGAAACGAGCUGAUGAAGCAUCCAAAAUGCAGCACCAAAAGCAGCUGAGGAAGAAGGUCUCCCGGGCCAUCAGCAAGAUGCGUGGCAAGAAGAAUAACUAAUACUGAUACAAUGUACAUAGUUCUUAUAAAUAGACUACAAAAUAAACAAUUUUUAACAUUUCAAAUUGAAAA